AUGGGUUCGAUCGACCUACAGAAGCAAGUCGGACAGUUGUUCGCGCUCGGCUUUCAUGGGCAUACGCCGAGCCAGGAGAUCAAAACACUCAUCCACGACUACCAUGUUGGAGGCAUAGUUUUGUUUUCGCGGAAUUUCCAGAGCGCGGAACAACUCCAAGCCUUGACCACUGCCUUGCAAAAUGAAGCCAAACUAGCAGGACACGAGCGUCCGCUGCUCAUUGGAAUUGAUCAGGAGAACGGCCUUGUAACCCGUAUCUCUCCUCCAAUCGCCACCCAAGUUCCGGGCCCAAUGGCACUCGGUGCUACGCAGGACCCGGAAUUUGCCUAUCGGGCUGGGAAGGUCACGGGCGAAACACUGAACUUUUUCGGAAUCAAUAUGAACUACGCUCCUGUAUGCGACAUCAACUCGGAACCGUUGAAUCCAGUCAUUGGAGUGCGCAGUCCCGGAGACGAUGCUGAUUUUGUGGGCCGAUUCGCCAGCGCGGCUGCUCGGGGUCUGCGCGAGAAGAACAUUAUCCCUAGCGUCAAGCAUUUUCCUGGGCACGGAGAUACGGCUGUGGACUCGCAUUAUGGCCUGCCGGUGAUUACCAAGUCGAGAGAUGAAUUAGAGCGUUGCGAGCUGAUCCCAUUCCGUCGGGCCGUUGCUGAAGGCAUCGAGACCGUCAUGACUGCCCAUAUCUCGCUACCGAGUAUUGAUGACAAGCUUCCUGCAACAUUAUCGCCCGCUGCUCUUGAUAUCCUACGGAAGGAUAUGGGCUACAACGGCAUGAUUAUCACGGAUUGUUUGGAGAUGGAAGGGAUCAAAUCGACAAUCGGCAGUGAGAAAGGCGCUGUGCUUUCUAUCAAAGCCGGGAGCGACAGCGUCAUGAUGUGCCACACAUUCAAUGUACAUGUCGCUUCGAUUAAUAUGGUGACUGAGGCUGUAAAUUCUGGUGAAAUUGAAAAAUCUCGGUUUGACGAGGCUUGUCGUCGAGUGGCCGCCGUUAAAGACAAGUUUCUGAGCUGGGAUACUGCUCUUCACCAGAACAGCCUGGCCAAUCUUGAUGAGAUGAACAAGAAAAGUCUGCCUAUCUGCCAAGAAGCAUAUGAGAAGUCAGUGACAGUCGUCCGGGAUGAGUUAAAGAUUCUUCCUUUGCCAAGUAAUUCGAGCAUUGUGUUUCUCUUCCCAGGUGAUACCAUACCCGUUGGAGGCGCAGUGGACGGAGAGGGCAUGGGUCGGCAAGGCGCAUAUGAGUCGAGCAUUUAUCUCAGGUUGCUUCAAAAGCACAGUCAAUCCAUCACAGAGAUAAAGUACAAGGAGAAUGGAUUGACAAAUGAGCAGUGGGAAGUCGUCGAGGCUGCUGAUACGGUCAUUUUUGCGUCGUUGAAUGCAAAAGAGUCACCUUAUCAAGAAUCCCUUGGACAUGAACUUCCUCGUCGCAGUCGUUCUUUGAUUGCGAUUGCUGCGUGCAGCCCUUACGACUUCCUCGAAGCCCAAGAGAUCGAGACCUAUAUCACGACCUACGAACCAACUGCUGAGGCGUUUUCGGUCGCUGCUGAUAUCAUCUUUGGCAAGAAGACGCCCAAAGGCUCUCUUCCAAUUGGGACCAGUCCCUCGAGAAGAAACAAAGCAUCGAUUCGGCCUUUCAAUCCAGUAGAAGACCUUGACGGCAUGGUCGCAACGUGGAAUGCAGCAUUACCGACCUAUUCUCUGCCAGCCGAUAGCCUGCGGGACCUCAUAACCUGGGCUAAUGGGCAGCACCUUGUUGCUUGUGUUGGCUCAGAAGUAGUUGGAUUCUGUCUUGCUUAUUUGAACUUUAACGGCCCUCCAACACCCGUGCAUAUCGCAGCUGUUGUAGUAGCGCCAAAAUACCAAGACCAGGGCAUCGGCACUGCUUUAGUUACAGAGGCUCGCUCUCAUUUCAGAAUAAAUUUCAAUACUAACAACCUUAAGCUUGGAAGCAGCUUCCCGCGAUUCUGGCCAGGCAUUCCUAGAGAACUUCCGAACAAGGUUCAAGAUUUCUUUAUUCACCGUGGCUUCCGGCUCAAUCCACUGAGUGCUCGGUCUACGGACCUUUAUCAGGACAUCCGCAACUUCCAAGCUCCUGCAAAAUAUAUCAACCGAGCCCGUGAACGAGGCUUCCGCUUUGCCCCUCUGCGACCGGAAGACUAUGAUGAGUGCUUAGCUGGCCAAAGGAAAAAUUUCUCCUACAAUGCGAGCUGGGUUGAAGCCUAUGUGCGGAUCCAUCCGAGCAAAUAUCCAUCGAGUGUCAUGACGGCUUUUGACUCGGAGGGUCGACAAGUCGGAUGGACCUUAAUGCUGAGCCCAGAGUUUCCCCAGCUCAACAAGAUGUGGGCCUUCCCCCAGAUAUGUGGCCCAAAGACAGGUCUGAUUGGAUGUGUGGGUGUCGAUGUUGACCAUCGUCAAUCUGGUAUUGGACUGGCUCUUGUCUCCCAUGCUGUGGAGAACAUGAAACAGCGGGGUAUCGAAGGUGUCUUUGUAGACUGGGUCGCUCUCGAUGGGUGGUACGAACAGGUCGGCUUCGAGAUAUGGCGAAGCUACCGACCUGGCGAAAUCUGA